AUGCUACAAGACUUCCUGCUGCUGUCCGCCGUCGCCGUUUGCGUGCCAGGCAUGAGGCUGCCCCUGCAUCGCGUGGUACACACUGGACCCACGAGGGGUCUGGGUGUGGCUGCCGGUCGUAUCUAUGGAGGUCAGGAAGCUGCCAGCGAAAGGAGCAGAAUGGAUAGAGGUGGCAGAGUCGUCGAGUCACAGAGGCCACACAGUACUUGGAGAGAUUCCCAGAAGGCAGCGCCGGCAGGGCAGUUUCCGUACCAGGUGUCGCUGCAGGUCUCUGCCUUGGGUACCAGGCACCACAGCUGCGGCGGAGCCCUCAUCUCCAUCUCUGCCGUCCUCACCGCCGCCCACUGUGCUCAGAACUCCACAUACUACGCGGUGGCCGGAGAAGUGAACCUCAGUAUUGACGAGGGCACCGAACAGACGUCACUGGUGGCAGAGCAGAUCGUGCACCCUGACUAUCCAGGAGAUAACGUACUUAUUGUCAACGACAUCGCCAUCUUCAAGCUGGGCACCGCAUUAGCUCUGAACUCCUGCGUGCAGACCAUUCAGCUGCCCGGUGCGGGAUCCAUCCCUCAGUUUGCUGGUAGUGGUGUUGUCUUCCAUGAUCACUUGGGCUGUCCUCUUGGCGUAUCUGACUUAGAUAAACUGAUUCGAAGAUUGGUGGGAUGA